AUGACCUCACCAGGAGGAGCCGGGGGGGCGUGGCCGGCCCUCUGCCGUCGGGAGCGAGGGAGCAAGCCAGGGUCCCGCACGCAGCCUCCCGCAGGUGCCUUGCAAGGAACUCCAAGUAACGUAGGCGUGUCUUUGCAGAUGUCGGAGGGCAGGGGGAUGUUUGGCCUCGCGACGCCCUCUCUACCCAGCCAGCAGCAGCAGCAGCCUCCGCCCACGACCUCCUCGACCGCCGCCGCCCACCUCGCCUUCCCCGCCCACAACUGCGUGCUGUGCAGCUUCUCCACCCCGAGCAAGUCGGACCUCAGCCGCCACAUGAAGCAACACACGGAGUACUCCCUGUUCGCGUGCCCCCACUGCGACUACCGGACGCGGCGGAGCAACGACCUCAAGAAGCACCUCAGGACCCAUACGGGAGAGAAGCCCUACUGCUGCUCCUUCUGCGGCUACCGAACCAACACCACCAGCAACCUGAAGGCGCACGUCCGCACACGCCACGUGCCCUGA